AUGCAGCUGCCAUGGGCAGGGCAUGACAACCAUGCAGCUCUCCUUCCUACGGCCAGUAUCCCAACCAUAAGCGGUCUGGCUGGCGAGUCUUCCGAUACCGAGAAACCUCCAACGCGACCUCGCCACGUUAGGACUACGUCGACGCAGGCUCGGAGUCUAGCAGAUGAAUUCUCCUACAUGACGCCUAGCGAGGCGGCUGCCCGGCUUCGAACCUCCCUCUCACAGGGACUUCAUCCGAACGAUGCUCUAAAGCGACUUGGCGAAUACGGUCCCAACGAGAUUCCUCACGAUCCCCCCGAACCCAUAUGGUUGCGCUUCGUCAAGCAGUUCCAAGAGCCUUUGAUCCUACUUCUCCUAGCGUCUGCCGGAUUUGUUCAGGAACAUCGGUCCGAGAAAUCUAUUGAGGCGCUCAAUCACCUCGUACCGAAUCACGCCCAUCUUGUUCGGGGACCUGGCAGCAAGUCAGCGAGCAUGGCGCGAACGCCAACGUGGCCUCCGCCAAGCGAAGAGCGCGCCCCUACGCCGGGAACCACAACGCCAGUGGAGGCAGUACUCGAUUCUGCCUCGUCAAAGGUCAUGGCCUCGCAACUGGUGCCCGGGGACUUGGUGUUGUUCACAACGGGUGACCGCAUUCCGGCCGAUAUACGUGUUACCAAGGCUUCGGAUCUCUCCAUCGACGCGUCCAACCUGACUGGCGAAACUGAGCCGGUCUGCAUCGGUUCAGAGGCUCGCACCCGCAAUGUGAGCUCCUACGGGCUCAUACCACAACCCCCAAAUAAAGCAGCGCUUGCACCCGGGGAUUCUCGUGCGGCUGCUUCGGAGCCUGACCAGAACGUUGUUGCCAUGGGAACUUUGGUGAAGUCGGGGCACGGUCAGGGUAUAGUGUUUGCGACUGGUGGCCACACGCACUUUGGCACAAUUGCCGCGAGUGUAUCGGGCACAGAAAGCCCUCGGUCGCCUCUGCAGCUUUCCAUGGAUGAUCUGGGUUCGCAGUUGAGCAAAGCCUCUUUUGCGGUCAUUGGUCUGAUUUCCCUUGUCGGCUGGUUGCAGGGGAAGAAGCUGCUCGAAAUCUUCACCAUUUCCAUAUCACUGGCUGUGGCUGCCAUCCCUGAAGGUUUGCCGAUCAUCGUCACAGUCACGCUGGCUCUGGGUGUUCAUCGCAUGGCUAAGCUCAAUGCGAUUGUGCGCCGGAUGCCCAAGGUUGAGACUCUAGGAUCAGUCAACGUUGUUUGCACUGAUAAAACUGGAACGUUGACGACGAAUCACAUGACGACCGCCAAAGUCUGGUACUUUGGCGCACAGGAUGCCCUCGAUGUCCACUCAGACAACGAAGACACUGAAGAGGAGCCUACAGCCGCCUCGCUGCGCAUUAUGCGCAUUGGAAACAUUGCGAACAAUGCACGACUCGGUCAGAAGUUCACGGAGAACGGCGCAGCUACGAACGCUGUUCUCUCUUCAACUAUGGGUCGGGGCGAUACCAAUAUGCAUACGAGAUGGGUCGGUCAGCCCACGGAUGUAGCCAUGCUCGACCUCCUCGACCGAUUCAAGGAGCACGAUGUACGCGACUCGAUUGGCCCUCGCGUGCUCGAGACGCCUUUCAGCUCCGAGCGGAAGUUCAUGGGAGUAGUCAUCGGCGGCGACUCGAAGAACGAUAGGGAGUUUGCAUACAUGAAGGGCUCGAUCGAAAAGGUCAUUACUGCUUGCGACACGUACUUGGACAAGGAUGGGCGAGAGAUUGUUCUGGACUCGUCUCGGCGUAAUGAUGCCAUGCAGGCUGCAGAGGCCAUGGCGGUCAAGGGGCUCCGAGUCAUUGCCUUUGCGAGCGGCCAUGUUAGGUGGUCGAAAACCAAGCCGAACCGCAACGGUACCCCUAGCGCAGAGGCCGCGAUUCCGCGUGGCGGAGAUGUCUACAAAGGAUUGACGUUUGCUGGUCUUGUGGGAAUGAGGGACCCGCCUCGCCCAGGCGUGGGCCGCUCGAUCAGGAGGCUGAUGAGAGGAGGAGUCAAGGUCAUCAUGAUCACAGGCGAUGCCGAGACGACAGCACUUGCUAUUGGCAAGCAGCUAGGCAUGAACGUGGCCACCCCGAGCGCCCACUCCAAAGGGCAAUCGACUGUGCGGUCUGUCAUUAGUGGUGAUGAGGUUGACGAGUUGUCCGAGUUCGACCUGGCUCAAGCCAUGGAGCACACGACCAUCUUUGCGCGAACGAACCCAGACCAUAAGCUCAAGAUCAUCCGCGCUCUGCAGUCAAGGGGCGAUAUUGUCGCAAUGACUGGCGAUGGUGUCAACGACGCUCCGGCUUUGAAAAAAGCAGACAUUGGCAUAGCAAUGGGACGCAACGGCACUGAUGUUGCCAAGGAAGCUGCGGACAUGAUCCUCACAGAUGACGACUUUUCGACCAUUCUGCGGGCCAUUGAAGAGGGCAAAGGCAUCUUCAACAACAUCCAGAACUUCUUGACGUUCCAGUUGAGCACAAGCGCAGCUAGUCUGUCGCUCGUCUUCCUAUGCACAUGUUUUGGUUUCAAGAAUCCGCUCAACGCCAUGCAGAUUCUGUGGAUCAAUAUCAUCAUGGAUGGCCCUCCAGCUCAGUCUCUGGGGGUCGAAAGGGUCGACCCAGAUGUCAUGAACAAGCCGCCACGCAAGCGCAAUGACCCUGUCUUGACCGAGGCCCUGAUCAAACGAGUGCUGACUUCCGCUACGAUUAUCAUGCUCGGAACCAUGCUUGUCUACCUUCGGGAAAUGCGCGACGGCGAGGUAACAAAACGUGAUACCACCAUGACCUUUACGUGUUUCGUCUUCUUCGACAUGUUCAAUGCAUUAGCAUGUCGAUCAGAGUCGAAAUCAGUACUGCGCGGAGAGGUUGGUCUGACCUCGAACAACCUUUUCAACUGGGCAGUGUCGCUCAGCGUCAUUUUCUGCCUCGCGCCAAUGUCUGCCCUUUCCUACGGCGCCGCCCCUCACGACAAUGGCGUUGUCACACCAGCACCAGCAGCAGCUCCCGCCGCUAUAGCGAAUGCCACCUCUGAAGUCGAGCUCCGCGCCGCCCUAUCAGACCUUCAUGCCCGCGAAGCAACGAUCACGAAACGACUCGAUGGCUUGGUAUCAUCGCAGGCGAACCUCUCGCGGGACCUGGGCCGGCUGGACCUUCUCAGAGCUGGGCUGAGUGCGCAGGUCAUUGCCGCGAGGAGCAUCAGCAAUGACAUGCUCUCAACGGCUGCCGAUACGGCGGGCAGGCUCAGCAAUCGCGUCAAAGAGCUGGACCUGGAGAAGAGUCGGGUGGAGGAUACCCUGCGUGUGGUCGAGCAGGUCGCCGAGCUCAAGGCCUGUGUGCAUGGCGUGGUAGGCUCCAUGGGCGCACCGCAAGAUUGGGAGGCAGCAGCCGGCUACCUGGAUCGUGCGUCACGCGUGCCCGAGGAGAUUGCGCGGGGAGCCUUCGCGGCCAGCAUCGUACCCAAUGUGGAGGUUCCCGAUGCGCCCUGGGUGACGCUCGAGGACAGCAGGGAGAGCCUAUGCGGGCUGUUUCUCAGAGAGUUUGAGAAGGCGGCAAGCGAGGGAGAUGGAACCAAGGUGACGAGGUUCUUCAAGCUGUUCCCUCUGAUUGGGCGUGCCGACGUUGGCUUGGAUGUCUAUGGGCGCUACGUCUGCCAGGGCGUUGCCGGGACGGCGAGGGCGACACUCAAGGACGGCUUUGGCGGCAGCGUGCAGAAGGAAGGCUUCUUCUAUGCAAACGCGCUGACCAAGUUGUUUGAGCACAUUGCGCAGAUUGUGGAGGGCCACGGCGGCCUUGUGGAGCGUCACUACGGCUCCGGCAAGAUGGUGCGCGUGAUAGAGCGUCUGCAGAUGGAGGCCGAUGUCCAGGGCGGUAUCAUCCUCGACACCUGGAGUGAUGAGAGGAACAUUGACAGGAAGCUGACCGACGUCAAAAGUUAUCCCUUCUCAUUCCUUGUCCAAAGCUUUCUACCACAACCACCCAAGGGCGCCACGCCCAGAGUGAACUCACCAGCCGUGGGCGCAGGGGCGAACGUUCGAAGCAGCGAGGAUGAAGGUGUCAGUAUGAAGGAGGUAGACGGAUUGCUCAAUGAGAUUGCCAUUAUGCUUGGGCGAUGGUCAUUGUACACAAGAUUCCUCGCAGGCAAAUGCAUCCCCUCACACACAGCAGAAGAUCCCACUUUGACCGUGCCGGAGGUCCUGAUCAAGUCGGCACUAUACCGCAAAGUCACGGGCAAGCUCGUCAGCCCGUACAACGUGAUGUCCACAUUCUUCUUCCGCCGAUCAGUCGAGAAGGCGUUCCAGCUCGACGAAUACCCCAAUGGGUUGUCGCUCAGCCUCAACAGACCCAUUGAUGGCAAUGCGCCUUUCAUUAUCCUGGCAGUAGACGAUGUCAUGUACAUUGUCAAUGCAGUCAUCCAAAAAUCGAUAUCAACGUCCCAGAGAGACAUCAUUGCCUCUGUGGUCCCUACCAUUGGGCGAGUCCUCAGUUCUGAUUUUGUCGGUAUGAUCCAGCGCAAGAUGCGAGACGAGUCGUACCCCAAGCCUAUCGUUCAGGGAGGAUUCCCGCCAGAGGACAAGAUCAUACAGUUCAUUGUGUUGAUCAACAGUCUGGACAUGGCCAACGAAUAUUUGUCGAGAAUCAUACAAGGUGGCCUAGGUGUCAAUGACGGCGCAGUAGAUGGUGUCCCGACCCAAGGCCCCUUGAAAGACGCCUUUCCAUUCGAAAGGGACGUUGCAUUUGUCGCCAAUGCGCUCAGCACACUUGAGACGACCUUUAUUGCCAAAACUACCGAGUUACUCAACGAGGGGAUUCAGGUACUAUUCAACCAGGUUGUUAAGCUACGCUUGCGGCCUGUUCUAACGGAUACAUUCCGUGACGCGGACUACACUCUCGUGGAGGACGAGAUUGCUGAACUGGCCCGCCACAAUGACGAGGAUGAGGAUGAAUAUUUGGCACAGGUACCCCGCCGCUUCGAGCACGGAUGGGAUCUGCUUAUGAAGUCGAUCGCCCGUCUAAUGACGCCUGCCACCUUCGGCAGUCUGCUGGACACUACAGCCCGCUAUCUCUCCAAGGUUCUGGAGAAGAGGAUAUUGAGCCCCUCAGCAAGGACCAACCCGUACGGAGCCAUACGCAUGGAACGGGAUUUCACAGCCAUCGUCAACACGGUGUCCGGAGGCGACUAUGUGGUCAGAGAGGUGUUUGCCAAAGUGACGCAGCUACUCAUGGUGGCGAACAUGGAAGACGACGAGUGGGAGGAAAUCCAAGAGCUAGGCGAUGAAGAUGGCAUUGACUGGGUCUUGACAGAGGACGAAAGGAAAAAGGCGCGGAGUUUGGUCAGGAUACUGUAG